AUAACCUUGUUUUUUUUUUCUCAUUUUUUUUUUCUUUUCUUUUCUCUCUCGUUUUUUUUUUCUUUUUUGCACUAUAGAUUAUAACUUGCCCACAUCAUCAGACGACGACGAUUCAUCGAGACAGCAGCAGGAGAGGCAAUCAUUAGCCCAACAGCCGUUGUCAACAUGGAUUAUUCAACCUCCAACUCAACGUUAUUCUCCACCUAGAAUAUAUGAAUAUGGACCACAUCAUGGACAAGAAUUGGAAAAUCUUCAUGUCAGCUUACAGAUGGAUAACACAGAAUGCCAACCUUUAUUGAAAAUUGCAUUUGGUUCAUGCAUCAUGCCAACACAAUCGUUUUUAGACCCAGCAUCCAACAUCAUUCAACUUACUUGUACUGUACCUUCUUGGUCAUUGACACAAUCAGGUGACAAAACUAUUACUUUAUAUGUUGUUGUAUCGGAUCAGCCUCAUAAUAUAUUAGAUGCUUGGCCUGUGGGGUAUUUUACUUAUCAAUCAAGGAAACGAUCAUCAGCUGAAAUACCUUUGAAUUAUGCCAUGAUGAUGAAAAGAACUAAACCUUCCACUACUUCUGCUCCUUCUUCUUCUACUACUACUGUUGAUGUGACAGACCCGGAUACACAAGUACAACAACAACAACAAGCUGCAAGUUCAUACAUGUUAUCAACUCAGCAACCUUAUGAUUAUAAUUAUUAUGGAUUAUCACAACAAUAUAUGCAACCAUCAUCAUCUAGUCAUCCCACUUCAACAGGUCGAUCAAGACAAUAUUUUGAUGAUUCCACUACACCUUCUCAAAUCAUGUUUCCAUAUCGAACUCCAACCUCAACAGAUACUUUCUCCUAUGGUACAACUGAUCCAAUGGGUUUAAGUUCUAUGUCUACUACGAAUGUUCUUCCUCAAGGACUUACUGAUCCUUCAGCUACUUAUGGAACAACAUCAUCUCCUUCUUUAUCACAUCCACCUAUUCCUUCUACAACAACAACAACAUCAUCAUCAUCUACUACUACUGGUAUGGCACCUCAUUUACAACAACAACAACAACAUCCUCCAUCAAUAUCAUCAUCUGGGGCAGGAUUAGAGAUCGCACCUGCUGCAUUACAACCGCCAUCAACAUCACCAACAUUAUCACGACCUGGUAUUAGUCCUACCACACCAAAUCCAUUUGCCAAUUUAUUAAGUCAUGCCGAUCUGAUCAUUGAAGGGGAUAUGGAUGCUAUGAUGAAAGAUUGGACAGAUCAAGAACGACAAGAUAAUCGAAGGUUAGUACGAUUUUGGCGACGACAGCAGAAUCACGAGAUCAUUUGCAAUUGUCAAUCCAUUCCACCCACCAAUAGGAUUAACGCAGCGCAAGAAAUCAUUGUAUCAUGUAUCUAUUGGGAAGAAAAGCAGGAUUACUAUAUCACAUCUGUCGACAUCAUUUAUCUAUUAGAAGCUUUGAUAGGCGUAAGAUUCACCACUGAAGAAAAGAAUCGUGUCCGUCGCAACCUGGAGGGCUUCCGUCCUUUAACUGUCAGCAAAUUGAAACCCGAUAGUAGUGACUUUUUUCGACUCAUCAUGGCAUUCAAUCAUCCAAAACCAAGAAAUAUUGAAAAGGAUCUCAAGGUAUUUGCUUGGUCUUCUCUUCCUACCGCUCUCAAGAAAAUCAUUUCCAAAUAUUCAGCAAGUUAUAGUAGUACUGCAAGUGUCAACUUGGAUGUCUUUACACAAUGAUCCUUUUUUUUUAUUGUUAUUGUCCAUAUAGUAUAUUUUUAUUCAUAUUUUACCG